AUGGGCUCUGCUUCCAAUCCGAGUUUCACAGCGGGUUGUCCGCGGAGCGAGGAGGAGGACGCGGGUCUGUCCCGGGGCAGCGGUGUGUGCAAGUGGUUCAACCUGCGGAUGGGCUUCGGCUUCCUGUCCAUGAGCAACAGGGACGGAGCUCCUCUGGAGGACCCGCUGGACGUGUUCGUCCACCAGAGCAAACUGCACAUGGAGGGCUUCCGCAGCCUCAGAGAAGGCGAGGCCGUUGAGUUCACCUUUAAGAAAUCAUCUAAAGGGCUGGAGUCUCUCCGGGUUUCUGGGCCCAACGGAGCUCCAUGUCUGGGCAGCGAGAGGAGACCGAAGAGUGCCCAGAAACGACGCUCCAAGGGUGAUAGAUGCUACAACUGUGGAGGACCCGGCCACCAUGCCAAAGAGUGUCAGCUGCCCCCUCAGCCCAAAAAGUGCCAUUUUUGUCAGAGUGUUUCCCACAUGGUGGCCAGCUGUCCGGUCAAAGCACAGCAGCAGCAGCAGCUGCAGCAUUCGUCUCCAGGCUCUCAGGGAACCGCACAGAGGGACGAGGAAGAGGAGCAGAGGCAGGACUUCGUCUCUGAAAAGUCUGAGUGA